UCAUUUCACUUGCAGCGUGAUAUUUACGUUUUUCGUGCAUAACAAUGGAAUUCUUGUGUCAUCAAUGUAACAUGUAUACAACUUUUGUUUAUCUUUUAUUUAUUUUCAGUAUCUUGUCAACAAAAGACAAAUCCGCUAUGGUUACAGCAAUGAUGCACAAUAAUACAUCUAACACCAACGAUCCACACGAAAGUCAAACUUCCCGAAGUCUUAUUCAAAUUCAACAAAAUAUGCAAGAAAAUGACAAUACUUCGACAGAUGGCAGUGUAGUCUUCAUUAAGAACAAACACCAGGAAAACAAAACAAAACACGAUACCGAGGGCAAUGGCUUAAACUACAACAUCGCUAAUGAAGACAUGAAGUUAUCUCCAGUUGAUGAAUCCCACACAGAACACACUUAUACUAGGAAUUCCACAAAAUACAAAAGACAAGAAACAUAUGUUAAAUCUAAAAUUCGAAACAAAAAUAUAAAUAUAUUGCAAGAAACAGAUGGGCCUAUUUUAUAUACUUUUCAAACAGGAAAUAUUAGACAUAAACCCGAAAUAGACACAUUACACUCUGCCCAGAGUGAUACCGUUUCCAAGAAUCAUACAUAUAUUACAUCAUCUGAACUAAAUCCUGAAAGGAAUUUCAAUGAUGGUUCAUUAAGCAAUCAAUCAGAUAUAACAACACCAGCAUUUGCCAUGCCAAUGGCAGACAUUUAUUCAAACCAGCGGAUGAUAAAUCAAAAUAACAAAAGACAUGCAAAUGAUACUAAUUUAAUGUCAAAGGAUUCUUCCACAAAUGGGAAGACGGCUGAUAAAUGGACGUCUUCACCAGAUGGGUCUAUUGCUAAUAUUAAUUAUAGACACAAAUUAACACAUCAGUUAAUAAAACCAAAACAUAGGAAAGAAGAAGCUACAAAAUCGACCUCUAAUCAUGUUCCAAUUGACGAAUUUAAAGAUCAGUUCAUAAAACCGAAAUAUAGAAAGAAAGAAGCUUCAAAACCAAUCUAUAAUCAUAUCACAAUUGAAGAAGUUAAUACCAUAACUACCGAAUAUAUUACAACGGUAAAAUCACCCGUUUCUUCGUUGGAAACUACAACCUAUAUUCCAAUAGUUCAGGAAACGAAUUCAACAGUACCAUAUCAACAACAAAAGGACAAAGACUCUGUUAAUGACACAUACACAUCAUCAACAAAUGAGAAAAUUAAUGAUAAAUGGACAUCUAUUCAAAAUGAGUCAAUGAGAAGCAUUCAUUAUAACGUUCAAAACGAAUUUACAAAUAUGUUCAUAAGGCCAAAACAUAAAAGGAAAGACGCUUCAAACCCAACCUAUAAUCAUGUUGGAAUUGACGAAGUUAAUAACGUUGAUUUCAAAGCUUUUUCAAAGACGAAAUCACCCGUUAAUUCUUUCGAAACUUCAACUAAUAUUCCAACACUUCAGGAAACGGCUUAUAAUUCGAAGUCUAUAACAAAUGAGUCUAAGAUAAAUCAUGAAGAAAUAAACAAAUUUAUUGAUCCUUUCAUAAAGCCGAAGAAUAUAAAAGAAGAAGCUAUAAAAUCAUCCUCUUAUAAUGUUGUAAUUGGCGAAAUUAAUGACAUUACUAUCAAUGCUUUGUUAAAAACAAAAUCACCCUUUAAUUCUUUCGAAACUACCACCUUUAUUCCAUUGGUUCAAGAAACAAGUUCGAUAGUACCAAAUGAACAACAAAAGGAUAUAUAUGAUGAAGACUCAGUGUACAAUACACAAACGUCAGAUGAAUAUGACUUGCAAUUCGUAAAGACAAAAAAGUCGAAACUCACGAAUCAUGAAGAAACAAUAGUACCAGACCUGAAUGAAGGUCUUGAUAGUAACAGCCAUGUUAUAAAGAAAGAAAGGCUGACAGGACAGGAUCAAUCUUACGAGUAUGAGACCGAAAGCGAUGGGGAAUACGAAUAUUACGACGAUAUAUCAUCUGAUUACGAUGAAAAAAUAAAGGGCGUUCUAUUUUUAUCACAUCUUAAGAAAAAGGAUUCAGACAAAAACACUGCGUACCAAAAUCGGCUGAUGGCACAACAACACAAAAUGACGAGUAAACAGCAUUCUCAUUUACAAUCAACAAAUAAUGGCAAUUAUAAUGAUGAUGACAUAACAUAUGAAUACUAUUCUGAUGAAUAUGAAAACGAGGACAAAGAUUUUGAUAGCUUUGGUAGCUUUGAUAGCUUUGAUAGUUUUGAUAGCUUCGAUAGCUUUGAUAGCUUUGAAAGCUACGAGGAUGAUGACUUCAAUAACAUGCCGUCACAAAAUUCCAGAAAACAGGUCAUGAAUAACGCUAUCAAAAGCAAGCCUAGUUUAACAUCUAACAAAAUGAUGCAUCAUUUCCAAUCUAAUGAACUUUUAUCAGGCGGAGAUUUAUAUACUCAUGACUCAUUGAAACAGGCUCUUUAUAAAAAAUUACAGCAUGCCAUGAAUGACAAUUUUGAGAAUGUCGACAAUAGCAAUAGUAUCGAACGAAAGGGAAAUAUACAGCCUUUUCACCUGCAAUCAAACAGCCUUUAUACGAAUUCUGAUAAGAUGUUUACAAACAGACAACAGCAAGUGGAAGGUCUUACAGGAUCCGGAACCAAUAAACCUGUCAAUUUUAAAGCGACCAAUAGCCCAUUGAAUAUUGAUGAACAACAACUUCGACGUUACAUUGCUUUUCAACGAUAUUUAGAAUCAGUGAAAAGAAAAAGAACGAUUGAUCUACAGCGCCAUCUGGCUGCAGAAAAUGGCAAACGUCACAUUGCUUAUCAGAAUUACUUGGCUGAAAUAAAAAGACUACAAGUAAACUCACAAAAAUCGGAAUAUAACGAGGACCAUAUGAGUGUUCAAACUAUUAAACCUCCAACAGUUUCCACUACAAAGAACGAUGAUGAGUAUUACGAUGGAUAUUACGAAGACGAUCAGGAAUAUUACAAUGAUUAUGAAUAUUAUUCCGACGAAGACGAAGACGGUAUCGAACAAAAUAGAACGAUCAUAAAUCAAAAAAGUAUACAGUCAAAUCCAGAAGUAAAAAAGCAUCCAGUCAAUUUUGUGAUGAAGAAAAGUUAG